AUCGACGAGAAGCUUGUUUAGUUGUUAUGUAUACAGUGACAGAGUCAAUGUAAAUUACCCAAAGAGAGUGGUUGAAAUUUUAAAAAGAAUCUAACAACAACAAACGUGUCCAUCAUACAUUUGGAUAGAGGUUUUCAUUCAUGAUUUUGUGAUAUUUGCUUCGUAUAUAACACAGGAAGGUCACGAUUGUGAAGUACAUCAGACAAAAUGGCCACCGACGUGCACGAAAGCAUUAAUAAGACAAAAGUUCUAAUUAUUGGUGCUGGAAUAUCCGGGAUAUCUGCUGCAGAAUUUAUGGCAAAGAAUGGAUUUACCGAUUUUAAAAUCCUCGAAGCAUCAAACCGGACUGGCGGUAGAAUAUGGACAUACGAACUUGAUGGCAAGGGCAUCAAUGUUGAAAUGGGAGCCAACUGGAUCCAUGGAAUUGAACGUAACCCCAUCUUUCAAAUUGCCGACAGUAAUGGCCUCCUCCAGUUGCGAUACAAGGACAAGGGCCUUCGACACAAAAAUGUGUUCUUGACAGAAACAGGACAAGAAGUGAACCAGAAAACUGUAAAAGACGUGGACUUCAGUUAUGGACUGUUGAUUCAACAGUGUGAAGAGUUCUAUCAAAUGGAUCUGUACGCUCCGUACGACAGCGUUGGCGAAUAUAUGCACUAUGAAAUUGAAGAGAAGUUGGAGAACUUAUCAGACGAUGAGCGAAAGUUGCGUGAAAUGAUCUUCGAUCAGCAUUUGAAGCAGGAGACGGUGGUUUCGGGAUGUAAUGACCUUAAUGAUGUGUCCUUGGGAGAGUUUGGUUGUUACGAAGAGCUGCCAGGUGUCCACUAUACAAUUCCGCCAGGUUUUCAGUCGGUCCUAGACAUCCUGCUAAACCAAGUGCCUGAAAACAAUAUACUUUUGGAACACUCCGUUAAAUGCAUUCAUUGGGGCAACAAUGAGAAUGACGGUCGUGUGCUAGUAGAGUGUGAAAAUGGUAAGAAAUUCAGUGCGGAACAUGUGAUCGUGACUUGUUCACUCGGUGUGCUCAAAGCGUCUUGUGAUAGGAUGUUUGAACCACCACUUCCUAAGGAGAAAAAGGAGUCUAUUGAGAAGUUGGGAUUUGGCAUUGUGGAUCGAUUGAAUUUGUAUUUUGAUGAGCCAAUAGUGGACGCAGACAUUUUCAGAGUGGAACUGCUUUGGGACGACCACCAAUACAAGGACAACGUGAGAAAUCCAACCGACCUUGCCACGUCAUGGUUCAGGAAAAUCUACUCUUUUGAGGCGGUGCACAGUAACGUAAUUUCAGCCUGGGUGUGUGGAAAGGAGGCCCUAUACAUGGAGUCCCUCUCUGAGGACCAGAUUGCGUCUGACAUACGGGAUGUGCUGCAGAAGUUCCUGAAGAAAGACAUUCCGGCACCCUCAAGGGUCAUACGGACACGAUGGGGAAACAGUAAGAACACACGAGGCUCAUACUGCUUCAUCAAGGUCGGGGCCUCUGUCAGCGACGUGGAGACCCUGGGACAACCCCUCAAUAAUGCACAGGGGCAGCCUGUAGUACAGUUCGCUGGCGAGGCUACCCACCCCUCGUUUUACUCCACGACCCAUGGCGCGCUGUUGACGGGCCACCGAGAGGCAAAACGCAUUCUGGACUUAUACAAAGUACCUUACGCCAAGGAAUGAUGACAGUUUCUUCUAGAGAACUUUAGAACCACUCUUGACGAUAUAACAUGUGUUAUUGUUUGUAUCGCAGCCAAGUGGCUUAUCAGAUUAUGAUGUUAUAAUGCUUUGAAGUCGUUCUGACUUUCUAUUGGCAAAAUGUACACUUUGGUGUCUUUCCCGCGUGAGAAUCAUUUCCAUAAUAAAUGGUAUUAUUAUAUUGUUAUUAUUUGAUAUGAAAUGAAUUUUAAAUGCGAUUUUAAAGAUAUGAUAUUAGAUCUGUUGAUGCUGUGCAAAUAUCAUUUAAAACUUGUUUGAUGUGCAUAAAUAUUAUUACUCUGUGUAUUUCUAUAAAUGUACUGAUUUAUAAUCUGUCAUUAUAUUUAUCCGAAAACUUUUCUUCUAUGUGGUUAAGAUAACUAAGAUAUAUAUAUAUAUAUAUAUUGAUUGUAGCAAAAAACAACCUUUAAGCAUAUUUUCUUCUAAGCUAUUAAUCUGGUUGGCAGGGUUUUCUCGUGAUUUAAGAUGGUGCCAUCUUUGAUUGUAGUACAAAUGUAUUAUAUAUUGCCCAUCUUACCAUCUUUGAUGAGAAAGAAGGCCAAGGAUUCAUUUCUUUUAUAUUUAGAGACUGAUUAGGAGUAGCAGGUAAAUAAAAGAAGAAGUCUGGAGUAAAUUCUUAUGUGUACAUGUAGUUUAAGUUAAAGUUGUUUCUCAUGAUAAUCAUUUAAUUAUCCACUUUAACAUGCAUAGUCCAAACACAGUCCGGAUUUCUUCUAUUUUGCAGCUUAAUAUGUGAUUUCUUGUACAUAUCAGAAAUUACACUGCUAAUGAAUGAACUCCAUGAUGUUUCCCACAACAUCUGUGUCAUUCAAGAACUGCUUUCUUUCACAUUUGUUGACUGUUUUUUCUAAAACAUAUAUUCUGGGAUAUGUAAUGUUUGAUAGAAAAGCCAGGGUUCUAUAUUGUUUUGAAUACAAUUAUUGUAUCUGUUUAAACAUAGAUUAUUAUAAAAAAAAUAUCAUUAAGUUACAUUUGCCAGAAAAUAAUUUAGUAAUUUUUUGUCGUGUAUUUCACAAGUGAUUAGUAACUAGUUGAUACUGUUUUUUUUUGUAAAUUGUUAUAACUUAAAGCUGCACUCUCACAGAUUGACAGUUUUCACAUUUUUUUAAGGUUUUGUCUGGCUGAUUUUGGUGUCAAUGCCUUCAAUCAGUCAUAUAAGAUAACCUACUCAAGAACAGAUCUCAAUUGUUUUGGAAUUUUCAUUUUUCUUAUAGCGUUAGUAAUGCUUUUAGCCAUAAAAUAUCAUUUUUUGAACAUAAAUAUGAACAACUGCGAUUUUUUUGUUUGUUAGCAGUCUUAUAUCACUGGUUUCUAGACAUUAGACAAAUAUUGGCUUAUUCAAAGACAACAAAUAUAAAAAGUCGUCAAAACUGUCAAUCUGUGAGAGUGCAGCUUUAAUGUGUCCUACGUACAAACAAGCACAAAUUGGCAAAAAUGUUGAAGUUGGAUACCUAGUGACCCCAUGUCAUUUAGAUAUCAUUUAAAAGGGUUGUGUGUACUGUUUACUGAAAUGCAAAAUAAGUGACCGAAAAUACAUAACAGAUAAAUUAUGGCUGUUUGUAUUUUUGUUCUCUGUUUUGAAAAAGGAAGUGGAAUGAGUAAUGUUUCAAGGUCAACUAGAAUAUUUGCAAUAUUUUUAUCAGUGUACUAUUAACAAUCUUUCUGUGCACAUUAAACCCUUUCAAAUGACAGCCCAAUAAUGUUGGGAUACCGAGGCAUCAACAUUUUACAUUUGAUUCUCAUGGUAUGAAAUGUGAACAUCCAAAUUCCCAUUGAAUCAUGCUUGAAUUGUCACUUAGUAUGAACAUAUUUUGUAGCAAAUGUGAAUUUUAUAGGUGAAAAAUUAAGAUAUAAAAACUAACACAGGGUGAAUGUAUGCUGUCAUGACCGUAAAACAUUAAAAGUGCAGAGCAAAGUCUUGGUCUAGUAAAGCCUGAGAUUGAUCUUAAUAGUGGAGCAGUCAAUUGUAACCACGCCCACCCUAGGUCCAGGGUAUAGUAAAAUCCCCGCCGAAUGCCCACGCACCCUAGGAACAGCCUAGGUAAGGCCUAUCCCCCGCUAUUUUUGGCUCGAAAACAAAACCACCGCAUCCACUUGGCACUGCGGGCAACCUGAAAGGUAAAAACAUGGCCCAUUUCCCCCACUAUCCCCCUGGACUUGGGGUUGCCGUGGUUACAAUUGCCUUGUGCAUAAUUAUGAUGGCAUUACCCUAUGCAUUUUUCAUGUACAAUGUUGGUUAUAUUGUUCAGGUAAGAGUAAAUCGAGGGGUGAAAGCGAAAAGGUUCUAUCUGCUUCUUUAUUUAAUGUCACUUAGAACCUUUUCGCUUUCACCCCUCGAAAUGUUUUUGUAUCUUUACAGCAAGAUUUGUUCUUAUCAAGGACCUAUAUUGUGGAUAAAACAUGUCAGUCCAAGUGUGAGUAACUGAACAGCUCAUUAGGUUUAUCUGUAAAUAUUGGUAUUUUAUCAUUAUUUAUUAAUGUCAUGUAAGCAUGAAAAGCUGCAUUACAACAUUUGCUUCAGCAAACCUUUUUUAACUAUUCGCGUCAAGUAUUGAUAUUUGGAAGUAAAACCUUAAAAUUGAUAUGCAUGGCACAUAUUGAUAUUUUUCAUACAUAAUUUUUUCUAUCAAAAUAAUAAGUUUAAAGAAUGCCCUUUUAUUCAUAGAAUAACAUGAAUGGUCAAUCAUGAUAUCAAAAUGAUGACCACUCACCAAGCUUUCUAUAUACAAAAAGUAUGGCGUUAUUUCAUGACUGUGGUGUUAUUUCAUGAUCUUGAUGUUAUUUCAUGAUUGGGAUGUUAUUUCAUGAUUGUGACGUUAUUUCAUGAUCGUGCCGUUAUUUCAUACUUGUGACGUUAUUUCAUGAUUGUGACGUUAUUUCAUGAUUGUGACAUUAUUUCAUGAUCGUGACGUUAUUUCAUGAUUGUGAUGUUAUUUAAGGAAUGAAUUGCGGGCUUGAUGUCAUUAUCGGGGUAUGAACGCAAUUGGGCUGGUCAAAAUGUGUGGAGUCCGAAGGACUCCACGAGUACUUUGACCAGCCCAAUUGAUUGAUGAACGCAAUUGCCGGAUUGACGUUCAUUUAAGGAAUGGAAGUUGAGGUGUAAAUAUUUCAUGAUUGUGACGUUAUUUCAUGAUCGUGAUGAUAUAUUUCAUGAUUGUGAUGACAUCUAGGAUAUGAAUAAAUUUAUCAUUGUGCUAAACCAAGGACACAAUGCAGAAAGUUAUAAAUGGCAAUUUUUUUUUGUUUUUAUCACAAUAUAAGAGCUGUAACAUUUUAAGAAAGUCUGCAGAAACAUUCAUUAUUCAUUAUUAAGCUGCAGAUUUGUGCUUGUGUUAAUGUUUUCUUACACCAUUUAUUUGUGUAAAAAUGAUUAUGCAAUGGUCAAGUGCAUCCAGUAUACACAUAAAAUAGGCUGAUGACAUUUCGACCAUAUGAAUAUCAGAGUUUACCUGCCACCACCCAUUGCUUUGCAUCAGUGUACAUAUUCCAUUGAUUUGUGCAUUAACGAAUACAUGCAUGUUGAAAAAAACUCAUGUAUAUGGUUUAAAGCUGAAAAUUUGCAAUAUCUGUGUGUCUUAAUUUUUUUGUGGAUUUUUCAGAAAGCUUAAUUUCACUGAAAGAUUCAUUCGUGAUUUGCUUUGUUUCUGAUUGAACUUCUGAUUUAUAUGCAUCAUUUAAUACUGUAGGCAUAUUGUGUGUUUCAUUAAUUUUUUUCAUUUACAUCAGGAUUUAUGAAAUAUGCAUCAAGUGCUAAAAUGUUUUUCACAGCCUUUUAUUAGCACUACUAUGAACAUUUUUAUGAAGAAUGAAUUUUAUAUUGAUAUAAUUUUUGUUGUUGCAUCAUAAUAUCGGAUUAAGUUCGUAAUAAUAUGUGUAGGUAGUGUGUCCUGGUAUUAAUUAACGUCUGUGUGUAUUCACAGUUAAACUGCGACAAGCCGGGAUUGUAGUUAUUUUUCGAACAUCAUUUUUUCUGUUUUUAGCUUCGUGUCAAAUAUGUUUUACAUAUAAGAACUGUAAAUAAACUCAAGUAUGUCUAACUGAACUAAACAUGUCACGCCAUAGGCCCUCUCAUUCUGUUUGUAAUUACUGAAAAUGAUGACGUGAUAUUGCCCACUUAUUUCCUGGUUAAGAUGAGACCUAUUUCUGUGUGUCGUGGUUUAUUUUGGAGGACGAAAGGAAGCACAACUUGCCACUUCCCGAUGGGUUUUUGUCAGGAAUAUUUAACAUGAAUAUUGGUGUUUGAUGUGAUGUUGUUGUUUUCCUUAGUUUACAUCUCCCCUCUAGCAGGGCUAGCUUUUCUAAGCCACUAUAGUCAAAUCUUUAACUCAUUCAUCAAUCUCAUCUUAUUUAUGGUUUGAAAAUUAUUUUAAGGGCAGAACCCAUCACAGUUGCUACUCCUGCUUGUAUAUUGAGUUACAGCUGUUGAGUGCCGAGUCCUUGAUUCAUGUAAUGAGUGCUUGUCCAAUUAUAUGGCUUUUUUAAGUAUUGUCAUGGUUCAGAUGUUCCUUAGUUCAUGAAUGAUAUUCAAUAUAUGUCUUUAAUUCUAUUUUUCAGGGAUUCAUUAGUCCAGCAUUAAUCCUGAAGUAAGGAUUGGGAUCUAUAAGUUAAAGACUAUUGUACAGUUGUAAUGAUUGGUCAUUUGCCUCAAAAACAGUAGCAGGUACCAUAAAAUGGAUAAAAAUGGCUUUUGAAACAAUUUCAAAAGGGGUCUUAGCCCCUUUCCCCUUCUCUUGGUAUGAAUCUAUCACACUCCAGCAUACCCGGCUAUUUGUCAAGAUUUUCCAGUUAUCAGCUGUUAAAAAAUCCUGAUUUUUAGAAUUUAGACAUAAUCUGAUCUAGUCCUUACUAGACGUACACAUAUUUUGGAAGCUAUUUAUUUUUUUACGCAUUUUUGUGUUUUGUAGCAAGCAUGCGUCUGAAGUGUAUAUUAGCUCCUAAAACUUGAAGAUUCCUUUAAACGAAAGAAUUCCAUAUAUGUGCAUAACUCACAACCUAAAUCAAGAAUAAAUCCCAGAAUUCCACUAAAAAUGUGCUGUCAAAGUGUAUGUAGUAGAAGUGUGUAUGAUGUACCUCAUUUAUAAUCCAGAAGUUUCCUUUCAACAAAAUGUUUUAAUCAUUUUAAUGUUUGUUUUACUCUCUUAAGAAGUAUAGUUUUGACAUUCAUGUUGCAUAUAUGUUUUUAAUGCAUGUAUAUAUUAUGGAUACAUGCAUAUUGGUGGAUGUCUACGUCUUUGUGUUUAUAUAACAUACAAAAAAAAAAUGUGUAUAGAAAAUAUUUAUCUUUGUUUUGUUGAUACAUUGAACAUUAUUUUAGGGAGUUUUAUUUGUUGCAUAUGCGUAGAAUAUGUUGACGGGACGGAUAGAGAAAUGUUUAGUCUAUGAAGGUAUAGUUUUACAUUACUAAUAUCCUAUGUGUGUAACUCUGACUGCGUUUUAAACAUGUUGUACUAUUAUAAUUGGAUAGACAUCAGAAAAUAAACCAUAUACAUAACAAGA